AUUCUAAGAGCUGAGUGAAAAGAUUGAAAAAAGUCAUAUUUAUUUUUGCAGUUCUCAGGAGAUAAAAUCAUGGGGAAUUGCAUGGAUAAGCCAUUAAAAGAAGAAGAAGAAAAAAAAGAGAUGGAAGAGGCUGGGGAGAAAAAUGGUGGGUUGGAAAAACCCAGUAAUGGUAACAAGAGAGUUAAGAUUGUCUUGACAAAAGAUGAGUUACAGUGGCUUCUGUUUAGGAUCCAGAUAGGAGGGGAAAGUAUUAUUAAUGGAGAUCAUCAGUUACAGGAUCUCUUGAAGCUGAGAGGGGGAGGAAGAGCUUUUGGGUGGAAGCCUUCUUUGGAGAGCAUCACAGAGUGCCCAGAAGUGCUUCCAGGCUGCAGCUAGAGAUAAUAAUGCUAGUUGGUGAUAGUUCUAGGGAAUUGAAGGGAAGUAGGUGAUAAUAUCUACUAUUUUGCAUAAUUUGUAUGUUUAUAUGAUUCUAAAUAGAGUACAUAUAAAGAGUUAUGUAUACACCUCUUUUUAAAUACUACUCCGUUCAAAAAAGAUUGGUCAAUUUGACUUUUCUUGAUUAAUGGUGUUAAAGUUUAGACAAUGAUAUUAGAUAAUAUAUUUGUGUGUGAUUU